AUGGAAAAUACUUCUGGAGUUCCUCCCUUCCUCUUGACUGGCAUCCCUGGUCUGGAGAGCUCUCACUCCUGGUUAGCAGGGCUGCUCUGUGUGAUGUAUGCCUCCUUAGUUGGAGCCAACACUGUGAUCCUACGAGCCGUGCAAGUGGAGUCCAACCUCCAUGAGCCCAUGUACUACUUCCUGUCCAUGCUGUCCUUCAGUGACGUAGCCAUGUCCAUGGCCACACUGCCCACUGUGCUCAGAACCUUCUGCCUCAAUGCCCACAGUAUUGCUUUUGAUGCCUGCCUGAUCCAGAUGUUUCUCAUUCAUUCCUUCUCCAUGAUGCAGUCAGGGAUUCUGCUGGCCAUGAGCUUUGACCGCCAUGUGGCCAGCUGUGAUCCCUUGCACUACGCCACUCUGCUCACCAAUGGAGUUAGUGCUGGAAUAGGCAUAGCUGUGACUGCUCGGAGCUUCAUCACCCUGUUUCCCCUCCCCUUCCUCUUCAAGAGGCUGCCUAUCUGCAGAUCCAAUGUUCUUUCCCACUCCUACUGCUUGCAUCCAGACAUGAUAAAGCUGGCCUGCGCUGAUAUCACUAUCAACAGCAUCUAUGGACUCUUUGUUCUUGUAUCCAUAUUUGGCAUGGACCUGUUUCUUAUCUUCCUCUCCUAUGUGCUCAUUCUGCAUUCAGUCAUGGCCAUUGCUUCCCGCAAGGAACGCCUGAGAGCUCUCAACACUCGUGUGUCACAUACCUUGGUUUUACUUGCGUUUUAUGUGCCUAUGAUUGGGAUCUCAGUAGUGCACUGCUUUGGGAAGCAUGCCCCACACUACAGACAUGUCCUCAUGUCCAAUGUUUACCUCUUUGUCCCUCCUGUGCUCAACCCUCUCGUUUAUAGUGCCAAGACAAAGGAGAUCGCCCAGCCAUUAUCCGUAUGUUUUGCCCCAUCAAAAUGUGACUUUCAUAUUUGCUUUUAA